AUGGGCAAUCUGGCUGCUCGCACUAUGCCCCAGGCCGCAGAGAACUUCGUCAAUGGACAGGUCCAGGAGAACGAUGUGAGCAAAAGCCGCACAACGCCUCCGGAGGAGUCCAAGGCCCCCAUCUUGAAGGACGUUCUCCCCAGCAGAUCCCGCUGGGCAGACAUCGAGGUGGAGGACACCUUCGACGAGGAGCUCUACGAAUCUGACACAGGUCGAGGGCAAAACUCCGUGAACUCUGUGCGGUCUGCCCGGGCGCUUGCGACUGCGGCCUUGGCUCAGAAGUGA